AUGUCAUUCGAUGCAUCAGCUUCACUGAGUGUCUCUGAUCCAAAUGCCCGUGCACUCAGUUCUUCCUGCUUUGACUUUCUUCUCAUUGAGCUGGUCCCAAUGGCCGAACGUCUUGCAAAAGAACUUGCAACUGAGAACGCAGCAGAAGAUGACGAGGUUCGGGAGACAACAUAUUUUCGCCUGGAAUCUUUGGGGUAUCGGGUCGGACAAGGUCUUGCAGAAAGGUUCUCCCGUGAUCGCCCUCGUUUUACCGAUAAUCUCGAUGUCAUCAAGUUUCUUUGCAAGGAUUUAUGGACAGUGCUAUUUAGAAAGCAGGUGGAUAAUUUAAAAACUAACCAUCGAGGAGUCUACGUCUUGACCGAUAGCGCAUUCCGGCCUUUUGCCCGGAUGAGCAUGACUGCGCGAGGCGAAGCUAUAUCAAUGGCACAGGCGUAUUUAUGGUUCCCCUGUGGGAUCAUUCGUGGUGCACUGGCGAAUCUGGGCAUCAAUACCACGGUGCAAGCAGAGACCUCGGAUCUUCCAGGGGCAACAUUUCAGAUCAAGACGGUCCAGGCUCGACCAUGA